CAUAUCUGCAGAAUUCCAAUAUUUUCGUAUAUCGUCCAGCCAUACAGUAAUGUGGGCAAGGCAUAGAGUAAGGUAUUAAAACAUGUUCAGCCACUUUACGUGCUACGACUAUCAUCACCCACUCCCCCCUAACUCCCCAAAACAUAUUUCUCAAGUGGUACUCAAGUGGUGAAGUGGUUGGCAUGGAAAUACCGGAAAUACUCGUUUCCUAUUGGUCGAUUGACUUGUUAUUAAUAAAAUAUUUUAAUACCGGGUUCAAUAUUUUGGCUUAGGCAUAGGCUUAGGGAAUACUGUAAUAAAUAUUAAAAUGUCAGUGACUAUUUGAUAUCUUGAUGACAGUUCGUGUACUAUUCAGUAUUAACUAUCAAAUCUUUUUUAAUUGCAGAUAGCUAUUAGUAACUGGUAAUAAAAUGGCAAUAUUAUUUUGCUUUUUCUAUUAUCUGCUUUUGUUUACAAAGCAAGAAACCUUUGCUAAAACGCCGCUAAACGAUUUUAUUCAACAUUACGAAACUUUGAACUAUGCGGCGAAGCCAAAAAUAUACCGAAGGGACGCCGAGACAAGUUUUGGAAGAACACACGUCUUUGAAUUUACAGCGCACGGACGGAAAUUUGAACUAGCCCUUCGGCCUGAUACAAAAACAAUAGCAUCUGACGCUGAAAUAAUUGACGGGGAUGGCAAAAGAAUAGAGUUUGACAAAAACUCGCUUUUAAUUGGGAAAGUUAUCGGCGAACCAGGGUCUAUUGUCCACGGAGUGCUUCACGAAGAUGGUGUGUUUACUGGCAAAAUUCACACAAAAGAUGGAGUUUAUUUUAUCGAAUCGGCAAAGCGAUAUUUUGACAAGCCUUCUGGCUUUCAUUCUGUGAUAUAUAAAGACGAAGAUGUCAAAUUUGAUGUUAAAUUUGCCGAGCCAAUAAUCGCACCAUUUGGGGAAGGACUUGAAAGGAACGACUUGGCAGCAGAAAGUUCAAGUUUUAAAACGAGAAAUCGAAGGUCUACGGGCAACAUAAAGGAAAACCUUUGCCGGCUUUCGAUGGAGGCUGAUUAUACUUUUCUCAAGUAUGCUGCAGGCACUAUAUUAGCUGUUGGUGAGAUUUUAAAACAUGUCCAAGGUCUGAAUAUAAUCUAUGGAAAAGCUUUUAAUACAACAGAUACUUAUUCCCCUUACAGCAUACAGUUCCAUGUGGGGCUUUUACAAGUUCACAACGAAGAUAAAACUCCAGGGGGAUUAAAAAGGGAAAAUAUCGAUAGCUCUACGUUUUUGUCAAUAAUGUCCAAGAAGGAUUACUCAAAGUUUUGUGAGGCGGUGUACUUCACCCACAGAGAUUUUGCCGGAGGUAUUCUGGGCUUAGCCUGGAUCGGAUAUCCACAGGGUAGGGCUGGCGGGAUGUGUGAUGGUAGGCGAGGUAUAAACAGUUAUAAUACUGCUGUCGUCACAUUUACACUUCAAGGAAGAAAUAGUCCACCCAAGGUUUCCGAGAUUACUUUUGCCCAUGAAGUUGGGCAUGCCUUCGGUGCUGCGGUAAGUAUGUGUAUUUGUCAUCCGGUGACUUAUAACCGAGGCAUAUUGAAAAUGCUCUGAUUUGCUUUGCCAAAAAAGUCUGUAAUUUUUCCCAAAAAGGUGAAAAAAAAAAAUUUAAAAAAUAAGCCAAAAUAGGCCAAUUAUGAGGGCUGGUUAUACAGAUGAUUUGUGCAGACAAAAUUUUAGCUAAACAUUUAUUUGCCAAAUUUUGUCUAGCAAUCAGGGUAAUGUCUGUCUAAAAAGCACUAAAAUCAGUUUUAGUUACAUGCUUUGCAUUCCAGUAUAUUAUGUCUACCUAUUUUUAAAUUUCAGUGUUAUUGAAAUGUGUUUAUUAUGUAUCUCAUAUUCAUUCAUGUCAUAACCAGUGAUUUAAAACAAUUAUCUCAAUUUAUGCGUAAGUGGGUGUGAUAUUGAUUGCCUAGUUGUAUUCAAAAGCCUCGGUCACAAAUUGCUAAUUUUAACGUGAUUGCAGUCAAAAGGUCUACAAAGCUGUUUAUUCAUGUCAAGUGGGCCUAUACUGUACAUGGACAUCCUUUCUCUUUGUUCCAGUUGAACUAAUGGUGAUAUUUUACAUCAAACUUAAAAUCUGAACUAUCUAGUAUUGUUAUUGUUAACGUAUCAACGUUUUUUCUGAUGACGUUAUCUUAGCAAUAAUUGACCCCAUCAAACUUAAUAACAACACACCUCACACACAUUGUUCAAAUGGUGCAAAACUUUAAAACUUUAGUACUUUACUUCACAUAACUUGUCCUUACAUGUUGCGAACUUCAUUCUGAACUUUGUUGUGAAGUUCAUAAGUUCGUAUUGAAAUGCAUGUUGCGGCAGAAUGGCUGCAGCAGCUUCCGACAGUGUGUGAGAAAAUACAUUUUUUCAAUCAGACCCACCCCUGUCAUAGUUGACUUUCAAUUCUGAGGGCUAUCCCUCCCCCUGCCCCAGGAUUAACCACUGGGUUUGAAAACCAUUAAUUAGCUAGUUUCAUUCUUCCAUAUUUAGCACGAUGACGAUGAAUGCAUCCCUGGUGGAGAAGGUGGGAAUUACAUCAUGUACGCCAAAGCAACAAGUGGUGACCGCGAUCGCAAUGAUCAUUUCUCAUCGUGCAGUAUCAGGCAAAUUAUGGCCAAUGUCGAUGCAAAACGAGGAAAGAGACUCGAUCGUGAUGCCGAAAAAAGGCCAAGACUUUGCCUUGAGAGUUUUGACAGGAUGCUCGAACGAGGCGAUCUUUGUGGUAACGGUAUAGUUGAGGGUAAUGAGCAAUGUGAUUGCGGAAAUGAGGACCAAUGUCGGACCUUUGAACCUAACUUAUGUUGCAAUCGGGUGAAUUGUAAACUUAACACUGGCAAAAUCUGCAGCCCUAGUCAAGGUACAUGUAUGCAAUUAUGCUGGCACAGCUGUAGUUUUACAUCUCUGCACCUUCAAUUCCUGCAAUAAUAAUUUGUCUAAUUUUGUCUUGGUCGAAAACAUGCUUUCUCUAGUUUUUUUUACUCUACCAAACUACAGGUUUUCCAGCAGCCUCAGAAUGGAACUGCUCUUUACUGGACCUCUACAAAGAACAUCUUGAUAGGAUUUUCCAGCAUCAACAAAUUACAAUAGCUUUAGAAUAAAACUAUGUUCUCCCUUGCCCUGACAAAAACAAACAUACUUGACAAAUAGUGCUCAUCAGUGGCCCAUCAGGUAGAAUUGGACCAAGUCUCUCUCAAAUUCAAUUUCUAUAUCAAGUAGAGGUGUGCAAAUCCGAUCCAAUUUGUUCGGAUUUCGGAACAAAAAUAUUCAUUUCGGAUUGAUAAAGUUGUUUCGUAGUCGGAUCGGAUCGGACUUCGAUAUUCGAAAUAAAAUGAAUUAAUUAUCCAGAAUCAUGCACUUUGUCAGCUUCUUGACAUGUAUUUCUUGCUUUUAUGUUUAUCUGGUUAAAUAUUUCCACUUAAAUGAGAAAUUUAUUUUAUUAAAGGAUUCUUCGGAUCGGAAUUCUUUAUCAAAACUUGGAUCGGAUUCGGAUUAGACAAUUUCGGAUUGGAUUUUAAACAUUAGCCAAUUGUCGGAUUAUAAACAUCCGAUCCGAUGCACACCUCUAAUAUCUAGGAGCCUUGCCUCCUGAGUCUCACUCUAUUUAUCAGGAGAUCGAUAGCAAAUGUUUUUUACCUUUUGUUCUUGAUCUUUGCCAGGUCCGUGCUGUAACAAGGAAUGUAAAGCAGCUAAUGAAACCACGAUCUGCAAAGACGGCAAUGAUUGUCUUGAACUUGCCAGAUGUCCCAGUGCACAAGAAAGACUCGAUAAAGCCAUCACAAAGUACACAUGCCCAAAUCCCAAAAUGCGUCCUGAUGGUACAGAAUGCGAAGGGGGUGCCUUAUUGUGUCAUAAUGGACUAUGUACCAAGUCUAUAUGUACAAAAUAUGCACUUAAACCAUGUGAAUGUAAAGAUAUGAAAGAAGAGUGCCAUGCUUGCUGUAUUGAUAAUGGUGUUUGUCGCUCAGCUUACAAAAUUGACAAGGUACAUAUGCAUUGGUCCAGGAGGUAUUCUUUGCCCAAGUUUGUUCAUAUGGGUUGUCAGUCUCUAUGUAACCGCCGCCCCUCUGUGAUUCACAAUGAUCCAUCAUCAAAAUGCACUCACCAUGUUCCUAGUCUGUGCUCUUGUGAGGGGCAUUCACCCCCCUGAACAUUGAUCAUUUUGAAUAUUUUCAGGUGGUGAAUGCCACUCAAAAGCACACUGGCAAGCUAGGAUCAUGGCAACAGUAUUGCAACGAUUAUACCAAAAUCAUAGACAAAACCAAGAUGUCUGCCUUCUGUAAGGUCUCUAUUCUGUGGUCAUACCUUCCCCUGGGUGCAGAGGUUUUCCAUUGCAAGGCCGUUUGGAAGUAAAUCAAUAUUUGGGAGACUCAAGAAUAAAUGUGAAUUGCUUUCGCACUUUUCUAGUUCUUUUGCGUGUUUUGCUUAUACAAAUGGAAAUUAUUGCUGAGUGCAGGCUACAGGUUCAGUGAAACAGGAAACCCCCAGAUCCAGGGUAGCCUCAACCCUCUCAUCAACAUUUGUUUUUCAGAUGAAGCGUCCUACGCCGUACAACUACAGUGUUGGUUCUGCAUGUGCCAACAACACUGGCUACUGUGAUUUCUUUCAAUAUUGCCAGAGAGUUGACCUGGAGGGUCCAUUACUACAGCUGUUUAACCUGUAUUUCACCUCUGAAGGUAAGUGUUUGUGGUUACAUACUGUACACACAUAUAUACAAUCAUACAGUUGAAGGGUACGUGUGUUGGUUGACUUGGUUCUAUCAAGUGAGAUGCCCAAAAGUUCCAUAGCUUAUAGCACUUGGCAUCACCCAGUCAGGGUCAAUUUUGAAUUGAGUUUUGAAACUCAAUCUUUUCACCAAAGUUUCAGUGCAGUAAAAAUGAAGUUGUUUGAGUUAAAUUGGUGACGUGUGGAAAUUAGUUUUCAGUUGGAAACCCGACAAUUAAGAAAAAAUGGCUGGAAUUCAUCUCACAAGAAAAGCUAUGCAUUUGCCAUCUUUAACUAGUUUAUAGUGUCCCUCAGCUUGUCCCUCAGUGCCCCUGCUUUAACACAUUCCGUCUUAACUACAUUUAUUGAGUACAAGUGUCAGCCCCCUGGCAGGGGGGGGGGGGUGCAGCCACCCCAGCUGUUCAGCUAAACUCGAUCUUCUCUGCAAAAACGGACCCAAGAGAAAAUCCGGAAAAAACUCCUGCCAGUAUCCAUAUAAAAAAAACUUGUGGUUACAGCUCAACAACUGGACUCUGUAGAGCGCUGCACUGGAAUCACAGGUUCGAUUGGUCUAAAAUUGUAUAUGAUUAGGCCUGUAUAUUACAUGUACGUAUACGAGUAGGCCUGUAUAUGAGUAGGCCUGUAUAUUAUAUGAUUAGGCCUGUAUAUAUUAGGCCUGUAAUUGUAUAUGAUUAUGACCUGGUUAGGUCUAAAAUUGUGUAUGAUCGUCAUACAGGCGAGCACUGCUCGCAGGAAAUGUUAAACAGCUGCAGGAAAUUCCUUUGAAUGAAGAUGAUUUGCCAUUGAAAAUUUGAAGGAAACCUUAACACCCAUGUCCCACUGUGAGCGCAACAACAUAUGGUUGACACACAUUAACAUUAUUCAUUAAAUUUAAAACGAUAGUCAGCCAGAACACUGUAUGUUUAUUCACAUGCAGAUUUAGCACAAAAAUACUCCGUUGGUCUGCAGGAAAUUAUUGUCUCCAGGUUGUGCUCCCGGGAAGAAAAUUCUUUUCUUCUGCCCUGUUUCUAGUUUACUUAAUAAUUCAUUAAUUCUUACAAGGCUUAUAUUCCUUGAAGGUGUUCGUGAGCUGACUCGCAAGUAUUGGUGGGCAAUCUUACUUGCUACUCUGGGUCUUAUUGCUAUCAUAGUUCUGCUGGUAAUUUAUGGUGCUCGGUAUACUGGUACAGAUAGUCCUGAUGGUGCACCAGCCAAACCCUUACCAAGCUUCUGUUGUUGUAGUGGUGGUGACCAGAGUGACGGACCACCACGGAAGGAAUUGAAUAAUGAGGAACGGGCUAUCAGAGACGACGAAUUAUAAGAUAGGGUGAUUUUGUUUUUCUGUAAACACAUCCACGGUAAUCUAAUUGUCUCAUUAGGGUCAUUUAUACAAGCGAAAAUAAGUCGCGGCCUAAAUAAGCCGCGGCUUAAAUAAGUCGCGAACGACUCGUAUAAACAGUCAAUUUGCAAUAAGCCGCGGCUAAUUUAGGCCUAGCCUUCAAGCCUGGGCUUAUUUUAGCCUCGGCUUAUUGCAAAUUGACUGUUUAUACGAAUCGUCCGCGACUUAUUUAAGCCGCGGCUUAUUUAGGCCGCGUCUUAUUUUCGCUCGUAUAAAUGACCCUACUAUUGUCGAUUUCAAGUCACUUUUUAACACGGCAGGUCCCAAGGUCGUUGCAAACUUGUCAAUUACGUUUCUAAGUACAUUUCAAUGUUUGAACUUCGUUUAUAAAGAAAUGUUCAUGCCCAAUUCAAUGAAAUACAAACCUUCUGACUUGGUGGCCCACUGGACCAAGAACUUUCCAUUGAAUUGUUAAUUUCAACUUGAACUAUGUCUAUGAACAUUUGUUUACAAUAGUUCAAACAUUGAAAUGUACUUGCGAACUUUGUUGCGAAGUUUGCAACGAACUUGGGAACUUGGGAAAAGUGACUUGAAAUCCUGCUUGAAAUCGACAAUAAAGCCCGUCUGAGCAAGUUUUUCUUGACAAGUUUACAUUCCCGUGUGUACGGUCAACAAGAUUCCCUUGAAACCACAGAAGUAUUUCUUGCACACUUGUCAGGUUUUCCUUGCCGGCCGUACACACAAACAAAUUUUCCUUGUCCAAAAGCUGACAUGCCUAGCUUUGGAACAACACUCCUUGGCAAGGGAAUAAUUGUCAAUGUUUUGCCGUACACACAAGCAAAUAAAACUUGUCAAGGAAAACGUUUUCGUCCUUACGGGGCUUAAUUCAAUUUGCUGUAUACAGGUUGUAUAAAAAAAAACUGAACAGAUUUAAAGAAAGCUUUGCAGUAAUACAUUUACGUGGUGUUUCCACAAACAAAACUAUUAUAUGUUUUAUCGCCAUGCAAACGUACAAAGAACUUAUUAGAUUUAAAAUUGUUCUCAAUUUCGCAAAAACAGCUAUUAGUAUCCAGUUUUUGAUGUAUAUAUCUUCUUGGGGUACUUAUAAUGUAGAAUAAUGAAAAAAAAUUCGCGAACACUAAUUCUGUAAACCAGGGGGGGGGGUGUCUUUUCCGACAAACUAAAAAUGGCUUGCACACGAAAUUUAAAAGCUAUAAUCGUAUUUCGAGUUAAUGGAUGAAAAAUUUGUUGGGUUUUUAAUUGCUGCACGAAACGUCAGACAAUUUGCUUCAGUUUAAGCCCUUCAACUAUCCACGCAAACUUACAUUUUUCCUAAAAAAUCAGCAAUUUGCAUGCUUAAUUAAUGCAUUUUCCAAUUUGCAUAUGUCAGCAAUAUGCAAAUUAGGUAAAGGCAUUAAUUAAGCAUGCGAAAGGCUAAUUUUUUAGGGAAAAAUGAAUAGUUUAAAGGGCUUAAACUGAAGCAAAUUGUCUGAAAUUUCGUGCAGUAAUUAAACACCCAACACAUUUUUCAUCCAUUAACUCAAAAUACGAUUAAUAGCUUUUAAAUCGCGUGCGCAAGCCAUUUUUAGUUUGUCGGAAAAGAUACACCCCCCCUGGUUCACAAAAUUUGUGUUCGCGAAAUUUUUUUCAUUAUUCUACCCAAAGAAGCUAUAUACAUCAGAAACUAGAUACUAAUGGCAGAAUGGCUGUUUUGCGAAAUUGAGAGCAAUUUCAAAUCUGUUCAGUUUUUUUUUUGUACACCCUGUAUAUAGUGGACUAUCAAUAUAUUGUCCCGCGUCUGGAAAUUAUGCUGUCUGGGACCAAACUGACUGAAAAUGAUUAAAAACUAUGCCAGCACGAUAUAUAAUUUUUUUAAAUUUCUUCCAUGAGAGACAUGGCGUGUAGUACUGUAGUCCCAUGUAAUCGAAUGUAUUUUGAUGAUGUACUUAUAUGUUGUGUACACUGCAGUCGUAGCUUAUAUUAAAAUGGACUUUCACAAAGUCAGUUUUCUUUUUCGAGGGUUAAAGGCGAAAGAGGAACACUGCAAAAAGUCCCUUUAUAGUCAAUUAUUAAUGGAAGAAAGAUUAAACAAAAUUAACAAAUCUCCAAUCCGGCUUCGUAUGUUGGUCUUAUUAAUUUCUCGUAUCAC